CCUAAAUCUUCAGGUGUCUGUUUUAGUGUGCCAUCAACAAUCCCAUCACGUCCCGCGUCACAGAUCAAAGCAGGCACGUGACCCCGCGUUCGAUGAAAACAAGACAAAACACCAACAACAAACUGACCCAACCUCGAUCCCUGAUCUUUCUUAACUCUACCUCAACAGUGUACUCAUACGCUGCAGCCGACUCAAAAAAGCACCCCCUGACCCGUGACAUCCUACAAUGACCCGCGGCAAAGAAAUCACCCCACAGCUCCGCUCCCGUAUCUGCGAGCUCCACUCCAUCGGCUGGGGCGCACGGAAGAUCUCCCGAGUGCACCCCGAGCUGUCGCUGAGCGGCAUCAAAUACACCAUCCGCAAGGAAAAGGACCGCGUGAACUGCGUUACCCGACCACGGCCUGGUCGACCCAAGAAGCUCUCCGAAGACCAGCGGGCGCUGAUCCGGGCGAUGGUCGAGGCCGAUCCCGCCGUCAAGAGUGCGGAGCUGCUGGAGGCGGUGGGAAAUGCGAUCACCAAGCGGUCGCUGCAGCGGUUGCUGCAGGAGAAGGGUAUGGGUCUGCGGUUUUGAUGGGCUUGAAGGAGCAUUGCUGGAUUGAGUUUCCUUCUGACGAGAGAAGAUGGUACCAUUGGGCUGCAGUCUUUAUCGUCGAGCACAAGGACAAAGAAACAAGACCGAGGAAUCGCAGUAUCGAAGCGUCUUAUCUCUCUUGAUAGGCACCACCCAACAGCCCUAUUGUCUUCUACCCCCGUCAAAAGUGGAAACCCGCCGUUUCUGGCCACCCACCUUCUUCAUCAAUGACUCUUGCCCGACUCCGAGAUAUGCGUCGAUGAGAACUGCCGGG